AUCUCUCGACUCUCGGCGCUCGCGAUCUCUCUUCUCUCUCGAUCUCUCAUCGCCCUCGCGUUCUCCGGUUAUCUUGAUCUCCCCACGGUCCUCUUCUCAACGCACGGCGGUUCUCCUCUCGAUCUCUCGGGGGUUAUCGUGUCGGCGCUUCUCCUCUCCGCGGUUCUCCUCGGCGGUUCGAGUCUCGGCGGUUCGACUCUCGGUGUUUCUCCUCUCCAUCUCUCCACGGUUUCAGUAAAGAUGGGGCGUUACAGCUAUAGCCAACCUUUCCAGUCUGACACUUAUGGUGGGGGUCACUCGGACAGUGACUCCAAUGAAAUCGAAGCUUUGAUUCAAGAAGACCAAGCUCAGUUAGAGUUGGUGAACGCUCAACAGGUUGUCUAUCCUCCACAGCCCGAGACUGAAUUCGGUUUUCCAAAAGCAUGCUACUGUGGGACUCAACCUAAGAUAGCAACGUCUUACAGUAGAGUCGAUCCAGGUCGGAGAUACUACACAUGUUCUAACGUGGACGAUGGAGACUGUCAUGUGUGGAAAUGGUGGGAUGAGGCAGCAAUGGAGGAGAUAAGGGCGACUGAAAGACACACACAACUGUUGGCCGACAAGGUAGAUUCUCUUCUAUCAUUGACUGACUAUGAGACUAAGCAGAAGCUUGUUAGACUAGAGAACAUGGUGUGUGAGUUGGGCAAGAGUUAUGCUAGGUGUAGGUCUGAUUACUUUGUUGCUGUUGCGAUUAUGCUCUUAGGUUUCAUUGGUAUCGUCCUCAUCUUCAUCUAGACUUUGAUGCUCUGUUACGGUUAUGCUCUAUGUUCUUUAGCUAUGUUGAACUCGACCUUCUAAGGUGUAAUGUGUACUAAUGUGUACUUGUCACUCAAUGUUUUUAUGUUUUGAGAUAUUUGUAAUGUUAAAUUUGUACUAUGUGUAUUUGGAUUCCAUGAUGUUGUUUGUCACUUACUGAAAAAUUGGAAAAGCUCGUGACUAUUA